AUAUUAUAAAUAUAUAUAGAAAAAGCUUCAAUUCUUCUUCUUCUUCUUCUUCUUCUUUUUUUUUCCCUCUAUAUUAUAACCUUUAAACCUUGGAGCUUUCCAAUAUUCAAGAACCUGCUAUACAUAUCCAUAUAUACUCUCGUUUACUUUUCUUCUUGAGUUAAUUUCAUUUCUAGUGGGAAAAAAGAAAAACAAUGGAGCAACCUCAGCGCUGGAUGUUGAUGAAGAGGAGACAAUUCUUGAAGUCGGAUAAUUUUCAAGUAUGGAAGAAUUCGGUGAAUGAUUCGUGGGAAGAGAGAGCUUUUGCAGAAGAUGCUUCAGGUCAUCUUGGUGGAUGCAUAUGGCCUCCAAGAUCUUAUUCUUGUAGUUUCUGCAAAAGAGAAUUCAGGUCAGCUCAAGCCCUAGGUGGUCAUAUGAAUGUUCAUAGGAGAGAUAGAGCUAGACUUAAGCAAUCUCUUAGUAGUAGCAGUACUCCUCAUCAAAAUAAUAGCGAUACUUUUCAAUAUCAAAAUCAUAGCCAACCUACUCUUGAAGCAUUUAAUUCUCAUUUCCCAUCAGAUUUUUGCACUCUGGACCAUGAACAUGGCCCUAACUCUAGCUCUAGUGUCAUUGCUUCUACUCUCACCUCCUCUUCUAGGGUUUCAGCUUUGUCCACUCAAGAAAAUUUAAGUGAUCAUACUUUUGUGUCUUCCAUUAUUCAAGAAAAGCUUAAUAGAACUGAAGUCGUGAAGAAUCCAAGGGAAGAAGAUUCUACAGGCUUGUGUAAUGAUAACUUCGUUGAAACUGAUUUGUUUGUGGGUUUUAAUUCUGUUCUUAGCCGAAAUCCAUCGACUGGUCCUUAUGGUGAUAUCAGUUGUAAGAGGCCUAAGACCGCAGUUUCGGCACUCUCCUUGAUCAAGCCAUGCUCAAGUGAUAGAUAUAGCAUCCACUCAGAGGCCACUGAGGCUAAUUCUAGUUCAAUGGAAGAUAUAGAUCUUGAGCUCAGGCUUGGUGAGCCACCAAAGGUGAAUUAGUUUAGAGUGCAAUUAUAUUCCUUCAAUUAAUAAGAAGAAACCAAAUAUAUAUUUAUUAAUCAUGAUCUCAUUUAGUUCUUUCCUUCUUUUUCUCCCUCUAUUUUAAUUUCUCUUUUUUAAUAUAAUGGAGGAUGCCAGGCAAAGGCCUUUUGAGUUCUUAUACAAAUUAAAAUCGAAUGAUUCUUCAAAAACUUAGACAUGGUUCUAUAGUAUUUCAAGAAUUCUGUAAUGCUAUAAUCUGUCAAUGCCAAUAUAUUUGCGUGUUGCUUCUCUUCAGCUGAAUACAGUUUAAAACAGAAGUGUUCAAAAGUUCAAAAAUGGUGCCAAUAUAAUGAAGAUGGAAAACUUUGGAACGCCAAAUCUAUCAGUGUGAACAGUCUGAAAGAUUUUUUUGCCAAAAUUGUAAGCAAGCCAUUAAUGCUUCUUCCUUUUGCACACUAAAUACCACUAGUCAACUGCAAUUUCACAUUUGCUAUGGAGAAAAGAACUUUCAGUACUGUGGGGUUUUAAAAGGGUGUGAAAGAACUGACAGUGAGUCACUUCAACUACAUAUAUACAGAUGUUCGACACAUCACACCAUGACUCCCCCCCCUUUAACCUGUAUUAUUACAGUCCAUUACCAUCACCAAAAGAAUCUGUUAAAACCCUGCACCUUUAAUUCCCCCUCCACCCACCCUAUAAGUAAUUGAGUUCUUCCUUUCU